AUGCCUAGAAGAAGAGCUAGUACUAGAACUAUAGGUUCCCUAGGAAACCGGCGGAAGCAAAUAAUGAUCCCGAUUACUCACUAUAUCUCUAACACUCCUAACUUAAAGUCCUAUACGUACUAUGCCAGACUAUAUAAGGUUUACGAGUUACUAACUAGUGAGGGGGAAUAUAGUGUAUUGUUAGACGAGGAGGAUAAAGAAGGUGACCCUAUCGAGUUCACGCUAGGUUUUAAGCUUAUCGAACGCGUCUUAGCGGCGAUUCGUGACCUUAUCGCCAGCUUCGAUAACCUAGUGAAGAAUUAUAGACAUUAUCACUUCCUUACUAGAACGCGUAUUAAGCGGGCAUCGGAUCGGUGCCGACUCGUUAACUCUAAGGAAUCGCACGGGGCCGCUAUAGGUUUUAAGAAUGCUAUUAUUCUUACUAUCGGUGAGCUUAUUACCGACCCUAUACUCCAGUCUGCUCUACGUAUUUAUCUAAGCUACUUCCCCUUCGAUUAG